AUCCUGGAGGAAGUCUGUCAGAGGCAAGGUUUUAUCCCACCAGAGGAUUAUAAACUUGUACAAAGUCAGGGCCGUAAAGAGCUAGAUCUCAGCCUGUCUGUGAGAUAUUCCAGCUUACCCAAUAAUGCCAAACUUGAACUGGUCAAAUGCCCCUCUGCAAGGGUGGAACAGGAUGUCACCAUUGCCCUACAGCUUGACUCAGGUCAGCGGCUCCAGGACAGCUUCAAGCCCUCUGCCAAUCUGUGGGACAUUUUGUUGCAUCUGGAGAACACAAACAGAGAGUACAAGAAUCGUUUGACAUUUAUGGACAGCAGCCAAAUUCCAGCUUUGUAUCCAGUCUGCAUUUUCAUGAGAGAAGAGAUUAUUGGCCAGUCAGCGCUUGCUGCAACAACUUUGAAAAAACUUGGUUUAACCUCUGGGAAAGCAAUUAUACGACUCCUGCAUCGGCCAGUCGAAGACAAAGUUUUGACCGAGAUAGCAAACAAGAUAGAGAAAGAGAAACAAAAGCAAACAAAACUGGAGGAAAUGGCCAUAAAAAAAAAUGAGUUGAGAUUAUUGGAUGAAAUGGAAAAGAAUAUAAAAGCUGGUGAUGACUUACAUAAUGUGAAUGAAGAAACAAGUGAGUUUUCUCCCAUGGAGACGUGUGAAAAUCCAGAUUCACUGCAAAUUACUGAAUUGGAUUCUGGAACUGGUGUGAACUCUGAACCUAUGCAAGAAGCACCUAUUGAUUCGUCUUCAGCAUUACCAGAUUCUAGAUCCAGGUCAGCACUUCAGAGUUCUGCUAUGGAGAAUUGUGCUCAGAGUAACUUGGUUCAAGAUCAGAACAGAUCACAGCAGCAAUCAGCCAUUGAUGUUCUGAGGAAUAUGAACAUUCCUGGUGUUGACAUUUAUACACCCGACGAUUUUCAUGAUCUCAAUCCUCAGGAACAAGCUAUUGCUCAGCGUUUGAUGCAAAGGUUUCUCCCAGGACUACAGUCAGAUCCAUUAGCUACUUCAGCUGAAAGUUCAUCUGCAACACAGCAACUUUCCCAGGAAGCAGCUAUGCCUUUUGUAGAUUUUAAAUUUCCAGAGGAAACAAGAGGAAUGGAUUUAAUCAGUGGAACUCUGGGCAAAAGACCAACAGAAUGUUCGCAACCUUGUGAUAGAGAAUUUCUGGUGUACAAGACUGAAGAACUGCUGCCACCUGCAUCUGACAAUCCCAAUGCUCUACCUGAUGACUUUUUCGAAGUGACACAAGCUGAUGUAAGAAUAAUGUACAGGGACCUCCAGAAUGCAGUUCGGCAGAUGGAAGACCAACCUUUAAUGACAAAAUCUAUGAGACAGGCACAAGCUGAAGCUUUCUUUGAUCAGUAUGAACGUAUUGUGAUCCGAGUUCAGUUCCCAGAGAGGUUAACUUUGCAGGGCUUGUUUCGGCCCAGGGAACCAGUGUCUGCUCUCUAUGCAUUUGUUAAAGAACAUCUUAGUGAUCCGAAUGAAACAUUUUAUUUAUAUACAGCACCACCAAAGCAGGUGUUGACUGAUAAAACAGUGUCACUAGCAGCAAGUCAUUUAGCUCCUGCGGCCUUGGUUUAUUGUGGCUCUGAAUCACAGAAAGAUCACUUACUGAGUAAAAGCAGCAGAAGCAAUAUCUGCAAGAGGCUGACAGCGGAAGUACAGGUUUCACAAGUACUGCGCUCAGACUUUACUAGGGACCCGGUCUCAAAUACAGCCAGCACAUCCCAGAAUGCAGCUGGUGCAUCAACAUUACAGUCAGGUGGAUCCAGGGUCACCAGAAUAGAUUAUGCUUCAUCUUCAUCUGCUGCCACCUCCUCGCUUCCAUCAGGCGCUCAAGUGCCUAAAUGGUUGAAGCUGACUAAAAAAUGA